AUGUCUGAUUCUUAUACCAGCUCCUCUUAUUAUUACAGCUCCACCACCAAUAAUGAUGGAAGUGCAGCAACAACUGGACACCGAUACACUACAACGUCCCUUACUGAGCCAGACGGCACUACCACCAUCCGUACGGCACGUCAGGACCUGGGCGAGCCAGCUGUUAUUGAAGAGCAUCGUUACGAUAGCACAGGGCAGGAGCAACUUGCAUUACCGGGGCCGGAGGGUAGUUUGGCGGGUGGAGUGAGACGUAUUACAGAUCUAGACGAUAACAGUUCGUCAGGGUCAUCAACCAUCAAUGCGGGCAGUGCGUAUGGUGGAUCGACGGUCCAGCUCGCGGAUGAUUAUGGAGAAGACCAAAGCUCAUACGAUCUUGGAUUGACACCACUUGGGAGUACGAUAUACGAUUCGUCAACUGGGGCCUUCGAUCAGCACUUCGAUUACGACACCGGUAGUUCAUCCCGGCAUCACCGAGAAUUACGAGACAUGGCGGGACGAAGAAUACAUAGGGAUGUUGAUGUAGACUCAUCGGGUCUGUCAUCUAUAGCGCAUCGACAUAGCCAGUAUGAUAAUCCCAGCACAGGAACCAAGCUGCAGCGGGAUGAUGACGUUGAUAUUUCGGAACUUAUGUGA